GGGAACAAGCAAAGAAGCAAUAGUGUCCUUUUCUUUCAACUUCUUCCUGUCCCUAGUUCCUUCUUUUGUAAUUAACACUAAUACUAAGAUGGGCAUUACUGGAGUUUGGUACCGGGUCAUUGGGGACAUGGUGGUGCAAGCAUUAGGCGGUGGCGGCUCGCGAUCAAGCUCGAUGGAGCUUGAUCACAACCCUGGAGGUCCAGUGCUAGAUGACUUGGUGGGCAGGGCUCUGAGGGCUGUGUUUGGGAUGGACAGUAAUGGAAGAAUAAAGAAGGAGAAAGCAAGGUUGGUUGUGGAGAAGCUAGGCCUAAUGCACAAUGAGGAAGGAGACUGCAGCUUUGACUUGCCUAGUGGCUCCAAAGGGGAUGAGUUGCAGGUGGAGGAAGUGCUCAGUGGGAUGGAGGGGGACGAGGCGGAACGGGUCGAGCUGCUAAGAGAAGCCUUCAGAGUUUUUGACAAGGAUGGAGAUGGAUACAUAGAAGCCAUGGAGUUGAAGAGGGUGCUUGAAUGUUUGGGGUUGGAUAAAGGAUGGGGCAUGGAGGAGAUUGAGAAGAUGGUUCAGGUUGUGGAUUUGAACCUGGAUGGAAAGGUUGAUUUCAGUGAGUUUGAAUUGAUGAUGGGGUGAGUGUUAAUUGUAUAUUCUUUGAGAAAUCUGUAAGAAUAAAGAAUCCAAAUGCUGAGAUAUAAUUCAUUCUCAGCAGUAUGGUGAUAGGAUCAACUUUGGAUUUAAAUUUAAUGAUUUUGUUA